AUGGACGUACGCCAAGUAUCAUAUCGCAAUCUUGCGCUUCGUCUCAUUCUUUUUCAGAUUAUGGCUCUCUUCUUUCUAAAUGGAAAUAAGCCUGAACAAUCUGAGAGCGUUCUUAUUGAGGCACCACGAACCAUGACGAAUACCAUCAUUGACAGCGAUGGAAACGAGGCUUACCGAGCCUUCAUGAACAAGUUAGCUCAGUGCAAUGUUGAUCAAUAUGUUGACUUGCCCAUGAUUGCCGUCAUGGGAGAUACGAGCAGUGGAAAAUCCAGUCUC